UGUAGACCGGCACUUAUAGUAGGCGGGUACAGUGUAAAAAUUCUUUUGGACAAAUAGAAAUUUUUAAUGUGUAUAUUAUAAAGAAUUUCCAUGAUAAUUUUCUCUUCGUCCGUCACAUGCGAUCGUCAGUUACGAGUCCAUGAUAAGGAGGUGUGAUAAUAAUAAUAAUUCGAAAUAUCAAUGAUAUUAAAAUACAUCCGUCGUGUGACAUGCUUAACGAAAUAGUUAAAAUCAUAUGCUAUCGAUUGAGAGUCUGAUUGGUUAAGCCAGUAUUUAAUGCAAGCAUGGCCGCCCUGCCGUCACCUACGCAGGUGGCUGGAAGCCAUAGUGCGAUCUAUGAAGCUUAUUAUAAUCAGAUUGAUCCAAAUGGAUAUGGACAAAUUGAAGCAAUGGAUGCUGCAAGAUUUCUUAAGAAAUCCCAGCUGAGUGAUGUUAUUCUAAGUAAAAUAUGGGAUAUGGCUGAUCCACAAUCACGUGGUUUCUUAGAUAAGUCUGGGCUCUUUGUCGCUUUGAAACUAUGUGCAUUAGCUCAGACAGGAAAGGAUUUAAAUAUGUCUAAUUUGGGUCUUGAAUUGCCACCACCAAAAAUGGGAGAUAUACCAGUUAUUCCACAGAAGACUAUUACUAAUGCUCUGCCAGUAAUAACAUCUAUUAACAAUGGAGAUUGGUCAAUUAAUCCUACAGAGCGAGCAAAAUAUGAUCAACUUUUUGAUAGCUUACAGCCAUCCAAUGGAUAUAUAUCUGGAAAUAAAGUAAAAGGUGUUCUUAUGGAUAGCAAACUUCCUUUAGAUACUCUUGGAAAAAUUUGGGAUUUAGCGGAUAUGGAUAAGGAUGGUAUGCUGGAUAGGCAUGAAUUUGUAGUUGCCAUGCAUCUUGUAUAUAAAGCACUGGAAAAAUAUGCGAUACCAAAUGUACUUCCACCAGAAUUAAUGCCACUUGGUAAAAGAAAAGAUAUAAUUCCUAAGGCUAAAUCUCCUAUACCAAUGAGCAUAGUAGCAGCAGCAUCACCAUCAUCGCAACCACCACCAAUUCCACCUUUGCCAAAUACGACGGCUGUAAAGAGCUUGACUGGAUUAGAUGUUGUAAAAACAGGCAUGCAACAAUGGGUCGUUUCUACUGAGGAUCAAAUAAUUGCGGAGAAACUGUUUUCACAAGCUGACAUGGAUAGGGAUGGAUUUGUCUCUGGUACAGAAAUCAAAGAUGUCUUCCUACAAAGUGGACUUCCGCAUACUAUAUUAGCACAUAUAUGGAGUUUAUGUGAUACUUGUCAAAAUGGUAAACUGAACAAGGAACAAUUUGCCUUAGCUAUGUGGUUCAUUAAGCAAAAGCUCAAUGGCAUAGACCCUCCAGCAAGUUUAACUUCUGAGAUGAUACCACCUUCUAUGAGAAAAGUUGGAGAAACUAUUGUGGAAAACAAUAACAUAUCAGGUUAUUCAAAUCCAGAACUAGAUAUGAUAAGUAAAGACAUAGCAGAGCUUGUUCGUGAAAGACAAAACAUGGAACAGGAUAUAGCGCAAAAGGAAGCAGAUAUUAAAAUAAAAAACGGAGAAAUUAAGAGCCUUCAAAGUGAAUUGGACACACUAGCGGCAACCUUGAAACAGCUCGGGAAUCAAAAGGGUGAGGCGCAGAAGAGAUUAAAUGACUUAAAAGCGCAGAAGGCUGAAGUAGAUAGAGAUUUGUGUGAAAUCGAAGAGAAGAUACAGGAAGAACUGAAAAAGGUCGAUAAACUUCGUCAACAAGCUGAAGAACAGGAGUCAGUUUUAAGAAUUCAAGAGGAGGAACUGAAUCUUAAAAGACAAGAACUCGAAGGACUGCGACAAGAAGAACAGCAAUUGGAACAACAACAAAAUAAAAACAGGGACCAACUUAACGAGCUCACGAAAAAAUUACAAGAUACUCAAUUAGAAAUCUGUCAAGCAAAAGCAAAGAUCACACAUCUGCAAGAACAGCAACGUCAAAUGAGCGAUGUCAUUGCGCUUUACGAUUCUGCACUUGCCGCGGGAAAUGCUGAUCUUGUACCUGAUACUAGUCUACGAUUUAUACCCGAGAUCGAAGAUAUAGAAUACGAAACAACAAAAAAUACAGAACAAACAAAGGAAGCAAAAGCGGAUACUUUUUCUGAUGUAACCGGAACUGCUACUUUAGAUGGAUUUGGAGAACAAGAUCUUUUUGCAACGAAUAAAGCCAAAGAAGCAUUUAGUACACCAGUGUCUGAUCCAUUUGGAAAUGCGUUCUCUACACAGCCAUCUAAUGGUAAUUUUACAACAGAUCCUUUUACUGCGUUUGACAAUACCGGUACAGCAACAAAACAAGAUCCUUUUGAUCCGUUUGAUAAUGGAAAGCAAGCCGAAAACAAAACAUCUACAAUUAUGACAUCGAACACGAAGGAUCCAUUCGGUGAUGAUCCUUUUGCAAAUCUUCACGCUCCACCGCGUCCUGAAAGCCCUAGUCCUGCUCUUCCACCAAAAAAGGCGAAGCAACCACCUCCGAGACCAGCUCCACCACGACCGAGUCAAGGUCCUACUGGUCCAUUAAGAGCAGCACCGGCUCCGCCAACGCCUUCGCCCACACCGGAUCCAUUCGCGAAUGCAAAUUCGGAUCCAUUUAGUGUUCAGCAAACGACGAUCGAUAACAAUAAUAGUUUCACAUCUUCGACUGGAUUUGCUGAUUUCACCAAUUUUGAUUCUAAGCCAGAACCAGCGCCUAAUCGGACUGCACCAUCGAGACCGACAAAUAAAACGCACGUAGUAUCGGGGCAACUGAAGCUCUCAGAUUUCACGGAGGAUCCUUUCCGGGACUAUCGUUAUGAGGACCCCUUCAAUAUAACGGACCCGUUUGCCGAUGAGACAGAGGACUUGAAUGCGAAUAAGAGCAGCGGGAUAGACAAAAUGGAUCUUUUCGACUUCGGGACAUCAUCUGCUUUUUUGGAUAAAAAUGCAUCGGUUAAAGCCUUUGAUAAUGAUUUCACGAGCACUUUUCCGCACGUUAAAACAAAAGUCGAGAAGAGCAGUAUGAAUAAAUUUGAUGUCGACUUCGGAAAAGCAUUCUCUGCCGAUAACAGAAACAUUAGAGGCAUCGAAAAUGACUCAUUUACCAAAGUCAAGACGAGAACAAUCGAUCUCGAUGACGCAUUUUCGGUUAAAAAUGCGAAAACUAUCACGAGGCACGAAUUAGACAUAGCCCAGACUUCGAAGUAUAAUAUUUAUAACGACGAGAAGCUCGCGAAUAAUUUUGGCAAGAUGUGGAACGGUAAUAACGUAACUAACUUGUCGGAAGAGGAGCAAUUAGCUUGGGCGGAGAAACAAAGUAUAAAAACGGAAGAAGAAAGGCUUAGACUUAAAGAAAAGGAAGACGCCGAAUUAGCUCUAGCUAUCGAACUGAGUCGACAAGGAAAAUCGGAAAAUGUUUGAAAUCUAAUCGAUACGCUAUUUCUUUGUAUUGGUAUCACCAUAAAAAUUCGUUAAAUUGCAUGAUAAAACUUUACAUCUCUCGUAAUAAAAACAUUGUUUAAGCUUGCACUGUCGUGUAUUAACACUACAUAUAGAAGCGAAAUGUAGAUGCAUUAUCAUGACAAUAACGUCGAAUACAAACAUUCAAAAUUAUCCAAAAGAAGAAGAGAAGUUAUUGUGGAUAUUACUAUAGUGUGUUUUUGAUUUUGAAGUAUAAUUCAUUAAAAUCUUCCAAUAUUUUCAAAAGUAAUCAUUCACAAAAUCUAUAGAUUUAUUUUGUUUUUUUGAUUUUUUAUUUUUCAUUCCCUUUUCUUUUAAUUUCAACAAUAAUCUAUGAUUUACAUUACAAGCUUUAUUUAACGUUUGUUGUGAACACUAUUGAUUCAAGUGCGCGUUAUGCUGUUAUAUAUAUAUUAAAAUCACAAUUAUAGCUACAUGAACGAUAAUAGAUAAUAUAAUAGAUAUUAUAAUAAAUAAAGUAUAAUAUAUAGGGAAUUUAUGUUGUACAAGUUAUUCAAUUAUAGAUAAACGGUAAUAUAAUAUCAUUAAAUGCGCAUUAUCAAUAUGUAAACAUCUAUAUAAUAAUCGAAAAUGUAUAUUAUAAGAUUUUGAACAAUAUUCAUUGCUGAUUACACAAUCAUUUGCAUAUGAACAAUUAGGCCACUUUACCACAAUACCAGUUGUAACUUUGUGUAAAAAAAAAGAAAAAAAAAAGAUGAAUAAGUAAAUAUACAUUGUCGAUAAAUAAAAUAUCAAAGUAAUGUUUGCGACAAUGCCGUCUAUUCAAUUUUCAAUUUUCUAGGAUAUAAGUUCCAAAGAAUAUAGUGUUCAAACGUGUGUUCUGUGUGCUUGGCGAAACGGGCUUUAUUUGAUAAAACUUGGAAACCAAACACAAAAAAUAAUGUCUAUCUCAACUAUGUUGUAGUAUCAUAAUUUCGACAACGACGUUAUAUUUUAUAUAUGAUGUGUAUAUAUUAUCAUUACGAUACAUUAAAUCGCGAUAAUUCUUAUUAUGUAAGUUUCUAUUAUGUCAUAAUUGUUUAGUUAUAAGAUAGUAUAUACACUGUAUAUGCAAGGAUGUAUUCUAUUAUAAGAUAUCAUUAAUAAUACCAGUGCAAAAGCAAACUUACGUCAAUAUACCAAUAUUACGUGAGUCUUUAUUCAGGUUCGCAUAUAUUUGUUAUGUGUUUUUAUUUUUAUUCCAUCUUUGUAGCUGUUAUAACAUAUAUAUGUAUGUGUGUAUAUGAGUAUGCGUAUUUACUAUAGAUACUCGUUACUUAUACUAUAUAUAUAUACAAUAUUAUAAGUUCGCAUUAAGAUUUCACCAAAAUAAAUGUAUAAUACUU